AUGGAUACAUCGCAAAGAAGAAAGAGUGGCAUUAAUCUGCCAGCCUCAAUGUCUGAGACCUCUUUACGCCUCGAUAACUUCUCUUCUUCUCCGAAGAGGGGACCAUCAUCUUUCAAUUUGUCGUCCCCUUUGAAGUCGAUGUCGCCAAGGACUAUAUCAAACUUGUCGUCGUCUUCAUCACCGUCGAAAUCUGUGGCUGCAUGCAGUGACAGGUUCAUUCCGUGCAGAUCUUCGUCGAGGCUACACACUUUUGGGCUAAUCGAGAAGGCAUCGCCGGUGAAGGAGGGAGGAGGAGGGGGAAACGAGGCCUAUACAAGGUUGUUGAGAAGUGAGCUUUUUGGGACUGAUUUUGGAUUUUCUGAUUUUUCUGCAGGUAAUGUGAAAGGAGGGUCUCCAAUGAGUACGAGCAGGAAUAUGCUGAGGUUCAAGACUGAGCAUUCUCCGGGGCCUAAUUCUCCGUACUCGCCUUCGAUUCUGGGACACGACAGUGGGAUCUCCGGUGAGGUCUCAACGCCUCCCAAGCCACCUAGGAAGGUUCCCAAGACUCCCCACAAGGUUCUAGAUGCACCAGCCCUUCAAGAUGACUUCUACCUGAACCUAGUGGACUGGUCUUCUCAGAAUGUCCUUGCUGUUGGAUUGGGAACUUGUGUAUAUCUAUGGAGUGCUUCAAAUAGUAAAGUGACAAGGUUGUGUGAUUUGGGACCUAACGACGGUGUCUGCUCAGUCCAAUGGACAAGAGAGGGAUCAUAUAUAUCGAUUGGCACAAGUCUCGGUCAAGUUCAGGUUUGGGAUGGGACUCAGUGCAAGCGCGUUAGAACCAUGGGAGGUCAUCAAACAAGAACCGGAGUACUAGCAUGGUCUUCGCGCAUAUUAUCCUCUGGAAGUAGGGAUCGAAACAUCCUUCAACACGAUCUUCGUGUUCCAAGUGAUUAUAUUAGCAAGCUUGUUGGGCACAAGUCUGAGGUAUGUGGGCUGAAAUGGUCUCAUGAUGACCGGGAACUCGCAUCUGGUGGCAAUGACAAUCAGCUAUUGGUGUGGAAUCAGCACUCCCAGCAACCCAUUUUGAAACUGACCGAGCAUACAGCUGCUGUGAAGGCCAUUGCCUGGUCGCCUCACCAAAGUGGUCUUCUUGCAUCUGGAGGAGGAACUGCUGAUCGGUGCAUUCGCUUUUGGAACACAACUAGUGGCAAUCAAAUAAAUAGCGUCGAUACUGGAAGCCAGGUUUGCAAUCUAGCAUGGAGUAAAAAUGUAAAUGAGUUGGUUAGCACUCAUGGAUAUUCCCAGAAUCAAAUUAUGGUGUGGAAGUAUCCAUCAUUGGCAAAGGUUGCAACUCUAACUGGACAUAGUUUGCGAGUACUCUACCUUGCAAUGUCUCCUGAUGGGCAGACUAUAGUUACCGGAGCAGGGGACGAGACACUGAGGUUUUGGAAUGUAUUUCCGUCUGUGAAGACGCCGGCAUCGGUGAAGGAUACUGGGCUGUGGUCUUUAGGCAGAACUCAAAUUCGGUGA